CUUACUUUUAUGUUACUUUGACAGAUAAACCAAAAAUUAAUAAAAUAAUCCUAUAUUUGCAUUUUUAGAUUUAAACUUGUUAAAAAAUGAUGGUUCAGGGACUAUACAGGCCAGAUUCCACUUCUCGUCAACGUCAAAUUAAUACAUUGAAGAUUUUUAAUGAUAAUGUAAUUGAAGUAGUUCAAGAUUCGGAAUAUAAUGUGCUAUUCAAAGCUGGAAUUUACGAUUUUUGUCUUCGAGUCUUGCUUUCUAACGAUUUUCCAAAUGAAAGACCCAUUUUAAAAAUUUCUCCAGUGGUUGUCCAUCCAUGGGUAGAUCAGGAGGGUGAAAUUAAAUCAGCACCUGGCUUGCUAAAUUUUACAGUACAUUCAGAUUUAGGAAGAGUUGUGCAAGCUAUCAUAAGAGAAUUUGAAAGGACUCCCCCACCUCUUACAACAGAACAGUGUCUCAGUAAUUCAUCUCCUUCAGUACCUGUUAGAGAUAUGGAAAACAGAGGGAAAGUUAGUCCAAUUAGUUCUUACCCUGGUUUAAAUAAUUUUUCUCCCCCAACGUAUCACUAUACCUCUUCACAUUUACCACAGUCAGUUACUUUGCCAGAACUGAAUAAUUUAAGUUUAGAUGAUUUACAAUUUUUAAACGAAUCAUUGGAAGCACAAGAGGAGUUUUUAGAGGAACUUCCACAAAUAAAAGAAAUGAAUAAAGCAAUAGAUGAACUCAUUCUGCAGAUUGAAGAACUUGCUGAAUGUAAUUUAGGAAAAAAAGAUUAUUUAGAGAAGCUUAAGGGUGAUGUUGAGGAGAAAAUUGAAGAAGUAACAAAGUUAGCAUUAGAAAAUGAAAAACUAAAUAAUACUUAUCAAAUGCUAUCUGAAAAGUAUUCACCAAAAAAUAUAAAUGAGCAAUUACGUCAGGCAGCGAUUAAUGCUGAUUCUGAAAGUGAUCAUAUUGCUGAAAAAUUCCUUAGCGGUGGAAUGGAGGUUGAUAAGUUCAUAAAUCUUUAUUUGCAUAUUCGCUCAUUGAGUCAAAUGCGACGAACUAAAGAGGAAAAAUUAACCCAGCAAUUACAAAAUUUAGAAAAGGCUGGAUUUUAAUAGACUGCAGUUAAAUGUGAUAUUUAUUUCGUAAUUUAUAUUUAUAUAUCAUUAACUAAAAUGUAUAUUUUUGUCCUAUGGUGAUUAUAACAAAACACAGUUA